AGCUAGAUUAACAGAUAUAAGCACUCGGAAGUGACGUUGUUUAAUAAACAAACUUGCUUAUAUUUCUAUUGCACUGUACGAAAAUUCCUUAAAAUUGAAGUACAUUCCUCAUUAUUUAACUAACAAAUAUGCCUAAAGUUGUGUCUAGAAGUAUUGUAUGUUCAGAUACAAAAGAUCAAGAAGAAUAUAAUGAAGACAAACCUCUAAAUGUGUAUUACUGCUUAUGUGGUAACAUAGCGUUAAUUUUAGAUUGUGCUAUAGAAAGAUUACCUGUACGGCCAAGAGAUGGUGCUCGAGUCAUUGAUGGAGACAAGCAUGCUCACAAAUUAACAUGUGAAACAAGUGAAACUAUUUACCUUAAAAGGGAGGAAGGUGUUGAAAAACAGUAUCGAAAAAAAUGCAAGAAGUGUGGAAUUAUUCUGUUCUACCAGCAUCAGCCAGAUAGCAAAGUUACAUUUAUAUUUAAAGGCGCUGUAUGUAAAGUCAGAGAUGGGCACUCACAAACUAGUGUUUAUCCUCUUAUUCCUGAACCUAAAAAAAUCAUGGUUACAAAACAUACAAAGAAUAUGGGUAAAUUCAGCUCUGUAACUGUUUCUACAAUUGAUGAAGAAGAGGAAGAAAUUGAAGCAAGAGAGGUUGCUGAUUCAUAUGCCAAUAAUGCAAGAAUAAUAGAGAAACAGUUGGAAAGAAAAGGAAUGUAUAAAAGGAAAUCUUUGGAACAGGGUAUAUAUAUUGAACCAGAACUGAAGAAGAAACCAAGAGGAACACUGAUUGAUAAAUAACAUAUCUUUUCAUUUAAACUAUGAUACUUGAUCAUUAUAUUUGUACAUAAAUUAUUCACCUGUAGUUUACUUUUGUAAAUAUUAAAUUUGUUUUUUAAGAUAUAA